AUGGGAAGAUCACUUUUGUCUUUCGAAGAACUUUCAACAAUUAUUGUUGAGAUUGAGGGACUGUUGAAUACACGACCGCUCACGUACAUAAGCAAUGACCUCAAUAUGGAUCAUAUCCUUCGUCCGAUCGACUUUCUGCAAAAAGACCUGACAAUACAUCAUCCAAUGGGAACUAUGAACGACGAACUGCAUGAUCCAAGCUAUGCUCCACCUGAGCAGAUAGGAAUGUUACAAACAAAAAGGCAAGCAAUAAUAACUCUACAAUCUUCAUGCGAACUUACAGAAAAAUUUUGGCAUGUCUGGCAAACACAAUAUCUUACUGCUCUUAGGGAGAAACAUCUAACCCAAGUAGGAAAGAAGAAAGGUUGUUCCCAAGUUCCAAAAGAAGGAGCGAUAGUUCUCAUUUGCGACUCAAUACAACCUCGUCACUCCUGGAAAAUGGGAACAAUAACCAAGCUGGUUCAAAAUAACAAGGGAACAACACGAGAAGCAAUCGUACGCUUACCAUCACAACGUCUGAUACGACGUCCAGUGAAUCUUCUCGUCCCUCUCGAAUUGGAAGAUGAUUCCUUGGAUAAUCCGACUACCCAAGAAAGAAAGAUUUCUGAGAUCGAAACCAGCGUCUCGCAAUCACAGAAUACACCAACAAGUACCAGGUACAAUCUCAGGAAAAGAAGAUCUAUCAACUACGGUAACAAUGACCAUGAAGGAUCUGCUAGGGAACAAGGACGAGAAAAUGACCGUUCUCGCAAUCCUUUAUCAAUAUCCAAGAUGCUACAAGUUUCAUUAGUAUUGAUACUCAUGAAUUUGCCUAAUGUAAUCAAUGAAUCUACGGUGAAGAAUGAAACGCGCAUUAUUCAAUGCAUUGAAGGUGGAGUACAACUUAUUUCUCCCGAACGAAAUCCCUAUGAAAUAGGCGCGGAACACUACUGCGUGCAGAUAGAUACACCAAGAACGGAAGAAAACAUCAGUUUUCCACCAGAAAUUACGUUACACGAACAUCUGGUACAAUGA